UAGAGAUGGACUUCCCUGGUGGCACAGUGGUUAAGAAUCCGCCUGCCAAUGCAGGGGACGUGGGUUCGAGCCCUGGUCCGGGAAGAUCCCACAUGCCGCGGAGCAACGAAGCCCGUGCGCCACAACUACUGAGCCUGUGCUUUAUAGCUCGUGAGCCACAACUGCUGAGCCCGUGCACCACAACUACUGAAGCCUGCGGCACCUAGAGCCCAUGCUCCGCAACAAGAGAAGCUACCGCCAUGAGAAUCCUGCACACUGCAACGAAGAGUAGCCCCUGCUCGCUGCAACUAGAGAAAACCCGUGCACAGCAAUGAAGACCCAACGCAGCCAAAAAUAAAAUAAAAUAAAUAAAUAAUAAAUUAAUUAAUUAAAAAAUUAAAAACUAUAGAGAGAUGGACAGAUGAUGCAAAAACUGUAAAAUAGUAUUCAGGUAACUGAUAUAAAAAUAUCAGGACUUACCUGGUGGCGCAGUGGUUAAGAAUCCACCUGCCAAUUCAGAGGAUACAGGUUCGAGCUCUGGUCCGGGAAGAUCCCACAUGCCGCGGAGCAGUUAAGCCCGAAUGCCACAACUACUGAGCCUGCUCUCUAGAGCCCGCGAGUCACAACUACCAGCCCAUGUGCCACAACUACUGAAGCUGUUGGACCUAGAGCCCGUGCUCUGCAACAAGAGAAGCCACCGCUAUAAGAAGCCCGCGCACCGCAAUAAAGGGCAGCCCCUGCUCGCCGCAGCUAGAGAAAGCCUGUGGGCAGCAACGAAGACCCAUCGCAGCCAAAAAUGAAAAUUGGGAACCAAGGAGGUGAAGGUCUCCCACAGGUGUAUUACUUUGGACCAUGUGGGAAAUACAAUGCCAUGGUGCUGGAGCUUCUUGGCCCUAGCUUGGAGGACUUGUUUGACCUCUGUGACCGAACUUUUACUUUGAAGACUGUGUUAAUGAUAGCCAUUCAGUUGCUUUCCCGAAUGGAAUACGUGCACUCAAAGAAUCUCAUUUACCGAGAUGUCAAGCCAGAGAACUUCCUGAUUGGCCGACAAGGCAAUAAGAAAGAGCAUGUUAUACACAUUAUAGACUUUGGACUGGCCAAGGAAUACAUUGACCCUGAAACCAAAAAGCAUAUACCUUAUAGGGAGCACAAAAGUUUAACUGGAACUGCAAGAUACAUGUCCAUCAACACGCAUCUUGGCAAAGAGCAAAGCCGGCGGGAUGAUUUGGAAGCCCUAGGCCAUAUGUUCAUGUAUUUCCUUCGAGGCAGCCUGCCCUGGCAAGGACUCAAGGCUGAUACAUUAAAAGAAAGAUAUCAAAAAAUUGGUGACACCAAAAGGAAUACUCCCAUUGAAGUUCUCUGUGAAAACUUUCCAGAGGAGAUGGCAACCUACCUGCGAUAUGUCAGGCGAUUAGACUUCUUUGAAAAACCUGACUAUGAGUAUUUACGGACGCUCUUCACAGACCUCUUUGAAAGGAAAGGCUACGCCUUUGACUACGCCUAUGAUUGGGUCGGGAGGCCUAUUCCUACUCCAGUAGGGUCAGUUCAUGUAGAUUCUGGUGCAUCUGCAAUAACUCGAGAAAGCCACACACACAGGGAUCGGCCAUCACAACAGCCUCUACGAAACCAGACUGCAUCGUCAGACCGCCGAGGAGAGUGGGAAGUCCAGCCCAGCCGGCAGACCAAUACCUCGUACCUGACGUCUCACUUGGCUGCAGACCGCCAUGGGGGAUCAGUGCAGGUGGUUAGCUCAACCAACGGAGAGCUGAAUGUCGAUGACCCCACGGGAGCCCACUCCAACGCACCGAUCACAGCUCACGCCGAGGUGGAGGUAGUGGAGGAAGCGAAGUGCUGCUGCUUCUUUAAGAGGAAAAGGAAGAAGACUGCUCAGCGCCACAAGUGACCCGUGCCUCCCAGGAGUCCUCAGGCCCUGGGGACUCUGACUCGAUUGCACCCGCAGCUCCUGCCAUUUCUCAUUGGAAGAGACUCCUCUGUGGGGGAGGGUGGAGAUCCAAACCAAAAAGAAGAAAAACAGAUGCCCCCAGAAGGAGCCAGUGCGGGCAGCCAGGGCCCAGUGGGUCAGUGGCCGCCCCUACCUGCCUGAGGCUCUGAGCAGGUCCCAGAGCCACUGGUCCUCCACUGCUUACCCUUGGGGCUGCCUGGUUGACUCUCCUUCCUAUUGUUUACAGUGAAGGUGUCAUUCACAAAAUCUCAAGGACUACUAUUCUCUCCCCUCCCCUUAGUUUACUUGCUCCUGGUUCUUGCCCCACCCUCAACCCUCUCCAGCAUAAAAGCUAAUGAGCUGAAGGCUUUGUCUGCUGAAGGAGCUUGAGAGGCUGGGGGUGCGGCCAAGAAGGUAGGAGGGAGAUGCAGGCCAAGGCUGGAGAAGAACCUUCUCCGCCCACCAGGUGUGUCUGGCAGUGUGGCUCCCUCCUGCUCUGUGCCUGUGCGGCCUCCAUCCCGAGCUGGCCACGGGGUGCAGGUCACUCCCUCCUUCCCCCUUGUGAAGUUACACUGUAGGACACAAGCUGUGAGAAAUCUGCAGUCUACUGUCCCUGUGUGUUGGCGUUCUUAGCUUUCUUGACAAGCGAACUCUGUUCUCCAGACAGCAGUAGAACAUUGCAAAUUGUUCUGAGCAAAGGACAAAAAAAACUGACUUUAUUGCACUUUUAUUUUAUUUUUUUUUUAAACAAAAAACAUGGCAGAUGCA